AGGAAUUAUAUCCAUGAGCUGCGAAUCUCGGGACUGUUCACGUCUUGUUGACUCCCAUUAUUAUAUUACUCUGCGUUGAGCUGCGAGCUGGUGAAUUCUUUGUUGAGUUGCAGUUUAAUGGCUGAAGACUAUGUGAACUGAUCAGUUGGACUGGUUCUAAACUGAUUUACACACGUCCAUCCUUGUCUGUUCUCAUGUUGUCCUGUUGUCAAUUGUCAUGAUAAGAUAAGAGAUAAAAUGCACUUGUUGUGUAUGUAAUUAUUGUAAUAUUGAGUACAGAAAGUUAUCAAAGCGUCUUAAUUGCCUCUCAAAAGAACUGUUGUUGCAAGUGCGAUAAGGAUACAUGAAAUAUAAAGUAGCAAUAAAAUAAAGAUUUUUAUUAAGUUCGGGCUCUUCGUGUGCAACGAUCGUGAGAAUGUCGGUAUCCGUGCAGAAAAUCGUUGACCCAGUAGUUUUGGGAGAGGGUCCUCACUGGGAUGACAAGCAACAGGCUCUUUACUUUGUGGAUAUCAAUAUGAAGACUAUUAAUAAAUAUGUACCUACUACAGGAGAGCACACCAAAACUACAUUAGAUGGGCGUGUUGGUUUCAUAUUGCCUGUAGAUGGUACAGAUGACCAGUUUGUGGUGGGUGUGGAGAGGAAGUUCUUGGUGAUCCAAUGGGAUGGCAAAGAUGGGAGUACAGUCAAAGUUGUUAAGGAAUUGGGAGAAGUGGACCAAGAUGUACCAACAACCAGGAUAAAUGAUGGGAAAGCUGAUCCUAAAGGAAGAUUGUUUGCUGGUACUAUGGGCUGUGAGGAUCCUCCGGGCAAUUUCGACAUGGAGAAAGGUUCACUAUUCAGAGUGGAUAGACGAGGAAUUGUUAAGAUGUGUAGCGGGAUCAGUAUUUCCAAUGGUCUCGCUUGGGAUUUGAGAGAAAAAGCAAUGUAUUAUAAUGAUUCACUGGAGUCCAAGAUCCGAAGAUAUGAUUACGAUGUGGAUACCGGAGACAUUUCCAAUCUGAAAUAUGUCUUUGAUUUAAAAAAGAAUAAUAUUGAUGGUCUUGCUGAUGGCAUGACUAUAGAUACUGAUGGUAAUAUAUGGGUUGCCAUCUUCAAUGGGUCUUGUGUUCUUAAAAUUGACCCAAAAGCUGGUACUGUACUGCAAAGGGUACCAAUACCAGCUAAACAGGUUACCUCUGUGACCUUUGGAGGACCUAAUUUGGAUGUUCUGUUUGUUACAACUGCCAGUAUGUUUAUAACAGAGGAGCAGAAACCUCCUUGCGGUUCAACCUUUAUGGUGUUCGGCUUGGGUGUUAAAGGUCAUCCCAAUGUCAAUUUUAAACUGCCUUAAAUGCAUUUAAUUUUUAUUUUUUAAAGCACUAAAGACAUUUUCAAGGGAUGGGUUAAAGUUGUAACAUUUUUUUCACUAAAUUAAUUUAGGAAUUACUACUUUUGAGAAAAGCAAUAUCAAAGAUAACUUAUAAAGUUUUGGUAAAUUAUCUUUUAACUAAAAUUUAUUUUCACUUUGAAGUGAUAAAAUUUAUCUCAAUGUUUUGAACUAUGUUUAGGUUUAACGACCAAAGAAAUUUUAAAAGACUUAUUAGAAAAAAAUAUAAAAGACAUGUAAGGUGCUAAUAUUUAUUAAGUAUAAAGUUUUUAUAAUAGUUUUUAUCCUUAUAUCAAUAAAUGUAAGUAAAUUUGUUCAUAUUAAUCACUUAUUUACACUAAAUAUUUGUUUAUACCAUUUUUUAAAUAAAUAAAAUGUUUACUGGA